AUGCGGUUUUCAUUUCCACUAUCAGCGGUAGCAUUCCUGCUCAUGCAACCUAUUGCAUCCGCUAUCCACCAGGAGGAUGCCGGGGUUUUGGAUUUUCUAGUCUCUACUUCGGGCCAUUCUGUCACUCAGUUCGUAGAUGCGUCUCUGGAAGGAAGCAUUGUGACCACAGAUGUGCCUUCUGGCUCACCGACUUCGUGUUUCAUCGCCAACCGUGCGGUAGAAGAUGGCAGCUUGAUGUGGCGGCGCAAUGUGUGCUCUGCACCUGGAGAUGAACAAAAUCACGACAUUGCUGCCACAGCAGAUAAUAUUUAUACAAUCGACAAUGAUGGCUCAGUGCGGGCUUGGACGAAGGAGACUGGUCAUUUGAUUUGGGAUGCUCGAGUGCAACCCUCCAUGUCGCCCAAAGUUUGGCCCGUCUCCAAACAAGGCAUGCAAUUUGUUGUGGCUGCAUCGAACGAAGAAGUUUCUAUUUUUCAUGCCGAAUCUGGAAAGCUCUUUGACGAUAGAAUUAAUGUAGCCAAAGUAGCGGGAUCGGCCAAAGCGGGAGAGAGUCUAGCUUGGUUGGUUGCUCUUCCUGAUACAAUGGAUUCGGGAAAGAUCCAAUCAAUUUUUAGUUUCGUCAAGGAAGAUGGUACCUCCAGCAAAAUGAUUAUGGUAGAGCUAGAGGUCGGAAAUGAUACCAUUGUUAGUCAGAAGUCUUUGGGACAUGCCAAGGGAGCAAUCAUUGCCUCUUCGGUGAAACUCCAAAAGGUCCAUGACUCGUGGCAGGCAGUCGCCGUGACUACAGACGGAAAUCUUGUUUACUUUGGAGUGGAGGGUUCCAACUUUGCAAAGACUCUAAGCGCAUCCGAAUUGAUGCCAGAAUGGGAGGUUGUCUCAGCUGUCCGCUCCACUGAAGUUCCAUCCAUUAUCAGUGUUCAAUCAGGUGAUCAAUCGGCACUCUUCAACGUAGAUGGCUCUGGAGGAUUGACACCUUUUGAAAUUGAGGGAGCUUCUUUUACUGCCAUGGCACAAUGUUACGAAGCACAACUUGAUAUUGGACUCACAGCAGAUUCGCUCCGUGUCUAUCGCGAUGGAAAGCCAAUGACUUUGGAAGGUGAUUUGUUUGUCCCAGAUGGCGAUGUUAUCGAGCAGCUUUCGAUUGUUUCGUGCUCCGCAGACAAGGCAUCUGCUCUCUUGAGCACUGCGAGUGGGACUACCACCAUGCUUGGAUUUGAACUGAAGGGGUCGUCCGUGGAUAUCAAGAUUGGAUGGUCCACUGAGGAAGGUCUCGGUAGUAUUUCGUCCGCCGUGAUGCUAGAUGCAAGUCACCUAGGAUCAGAUGACUUGGUUGAGGAAGAAGCAGCCAUCAUGGAAAAACUCUCUUUACCUUCUCGUCUAUCUGGUCAGGUGAGCAGCAUUCUGUCCUUUGGCGGCAAUGGAAACAACCGUCGGGACCACAAUUUUGGAUUCGUCAAGGUAGCAGCUCUCUUGUCGCAAAAGGCAGACCGUAUUUGGGGCCUCAGCACAUCUGGGGAGGAUCGUGGAAUGGUGCGAUGGUCCUUGGACCUUCCGAAGAGUGCCGAAUGGCAUACAAUGGUUCAUGGAACAACAAAUUCCAACAGUGCUAUCCAUGGUAUCAAUGGUGGAACGCACAGUCGAGAAAUUUUGGUGCUCUCUGCUUUGGAGGGUUCUGUGGAAUGGAUGUGCAUUGAUGGAACCACUGGUGCUGUCAAUGCCCAGGAUACAGUUUCCAUACCAUCUCCAGUAGUUCAAGUGAUUCCCAUGUACGGUGGAGCUGGCGGAUGCCGACAAGCAUCUCUCCUACUGCAUGAUGACAAGACAUUGACUCCAGUUCCAAGUGAUGGUGCCACAAUGGAUCUAGUUGGGGAACAGUUGCAGAAGAGCCCCAAUGGGUUGUUUACUCACUUUGUGGACAAAAAAGCCUCACGAGUGGUGUCGUACCAAGUCAUUGAGGGGUCCAACAAUGCACUAGGAUCAAUUCAAGUCGGACAAGCUACGUUUGCUGGAGAGAAGAUCGUGAAGGUUGGCUACCCAACCCGUGAUGAGAUUGUUCAAUCCAUGUCGUCUGUCUUGGGAGACGACUCCCUAUUGCUCAAAUACAUCAACCCACACAUAGCGGUGGUUGUGACCGUGUCUGAAGCUAAAGAACAGACACCCACGGAGAUUGCUACCACAAUCCAGAAGGAGGAAACCAAGAAGAAAGGACGAAAACCAGCUGGUGCUGGUAGUGCUGCCGAGCAAACUGCUCCAUCCAUUGUUCCAAAUAUGUUCAUCAAUGUUGUCGAUACAGUUUCGGGUCGAGUGGUGCACCGAGCAGGCCAUUCCAAUGUGGAUCCUUCGAGAAAAGUGACAACCCUCAUAUCAGAGAAUUGGAUUGUAUAUUCGUUUGUUAAUUCGGUGACGAGAAGAACGGAACUGGGUGUCCUAACCCUACAUGAGGGUAUAAUCGACAAGAAAGGAAUGACCAUGUUCACGUCUCCACAACAAACCACUUCGUUCUCGAGUUUUGACGCAAGAGAGUCGAAGCCUGUCGUGUUGGCCAAGCUCUACAUUUACCCGAGUGCUAUCACGGCAUUGGGUGCUACUGCUACGCGUGGAGGAAUCAGUAACAGGAAGAUAUUGAUUGCAAGUACCGAUGGACGGGUCACUGCAAUCGACAGAUCGAUGAUUGAAACAAGACGACCCAUGGGUGAAGCUAAAGAGACAGAAAAGAAGGAAGGUCUAGUGCCGUACCGAGAACUUGUUCCAGAGGUUUCACUUUUUGCUCUAUCGUACAAUCAAACUGUGGAAUCCCCAAGUUCCAUUAUCUCCACGCACACAUCCCUCGAGUCUCAGUCCUUGGUGAUGGCGUUUGGUGGUCCAGAUCUUUUCUUUACGAGAACGUCUCCAUCCAGAGGUUUCGAUUUGCUGCCUGACACUUUCAGCCGCGUCUUGGUUUUUAUUGUCACCACUGGGCUGAUAGUUGUCCUUUUCGUUGUGAAGAAUAUAGGAUCAAAGAAAGCAUUGAAACAAGGCUGGCUAUAA